AUGUACCACACAGCAGAGCCAGUGCCAAAGCAAGGGAAUUGGUACCCAGCUUUUUCAAGGAAAGAAGGCCAGACUGCAGAUGUCAUUACCCAGACAGAAGUGGUCCAUGCUCUGCCAGGUACUGACGUGACCCUGGUGUGCUUGUUCCCAAAACCACACAGCACCCACAUCACACAGACACAGUGGUCCAAGACUGAUGGCAGCCCCUCUAAAAUAGCUGUAUGUCACCCCAUCUAUGGCACCCAUUACUUCAAGUUUUCUGAGGCUUCUUACAAAUUUUCAGUGUUCUUCAGCACGAGGAUGUGCUGCAGUGGGGACGACACAGGGUCCUUGUGUUCCGCCGAUCCAGAUGUCACAUCUGAAUGCAAUUGGUGGAUGCUGCAUCUGGAAAAUAUUACCGUGUCACUUACUGGGCAGUACGAAUGCACUUUUGCUACUUACCCAUAUGGGAUAAAGGCCACAAAAAUUCAACUUACUGUCAAGACAGAAGAGGAAAGGCACUACCUGAAGAAAGUGUGGUUAAAGCAGACUUUAGAAAUUCCAUGCCUUGAGGAUGAGACCUCAGAAAAUUUGUCCACUUAUCCUUUGAAAUGGUUAGUGGAUGAAAAUGGGAGGAAAGAGGAAAUUGUGACCAAGGAGCUCUCCUGUCCUGCUGUGUACAGGAACAGCAGGAUGCCGUAUGGGCAAGCAGUCCUCCUGGGUUUGAGCAAUGCCCUAAAGAUUUUCCCCACCAAAAUUACUGAUGAUGGCAGAAUCUUUUCCUGCCACAUGCUGUACCACCCAGAGAGAGUCCAGAAGAGAAGCACCACUGUGAGAGCAUUUGCUUACCCUGAGAUCUUCAUUAGCCUGGAGGAGGGAUCGGCCAGCACCUCACAGGAGGUGUGCAAUUUUGGAGCAAAGAGUGAUGCCUGUGACUGCCACCAUGCCACCCCAGCAAGAUUAACACUGAUCUAUACAGUGGGACCCAUAAGACACGUCAGAAAUUCUCAUGUGUGUCUGUUUCCCUUCCCGGAAAAUGAAACAAGGAAUAUAUCAUCUGAAGAAAUAUUUGUUUCCUUUGACAAUAAGUCUAAUGAAGCCUCAGCUGAAGUUUUUGCUACCACGGUUUCAGAUGAGCACCAGUCGACAUCUGUAGCCUCUCUGGAUUUCAUAAGUCCAGCAAAUUUGACUCCUGCUGCCACAACAAAAGGUGACCUAUCCUACAGCAUCACAGACCAGACAAUUUCAGUUACCAGAAGAAAAGAUUUCUUUCCUACCAGCAGCCUGCUGAACAGAACUGGUGACAGGAGGAACACCAAAGCCAGUCACUUCCGGCCAACAGUCGUAGCUGUCCUGCUCCUCUUCUGCAGAGCUCUGGUACCUUUAGGCUUCAGGAAAUGGUGUCAGUACCAGAAAGAGCUUAUGAACAGACCUCCAUCUUUCAAGCCACUGCCACCUCCAAUAAAGUACACAUCUGAUGGGACUCCCCCAUCCUGCCACGAACUGGAAAGCCUGUAA